AUGGAUGUGAUUGAUGAAUUCAUUACUAAGUUCCAACACGAGCGACACCAAUGGGAGCUGCUAAAAGAUCAUGCGAUAGAGAUCUGCAACAAUACAUUGAGAGACAUCAAUACUAUAGGCAUUGUCACCGGCCGUGUCAAGAGAGCAGAGUCACUGAGAAAAAAGCUCAAUACGAAGAACGAGAGCAAGACAUAUCCUGACGAGGAUUCAGUUCUGAAAGAUCAACUUGACUUUGUGGGACUGAGGAUUGCACUCUACUUCCCUUCACAGAAGCAACAUGUCUUUACACAAUUACAAGAGGUGUUUCGAUACGAAGCGCUGAGACCAUUUGACCGAGACUGGAAGCCACGUGAGCCCGGUAUCUAUCAGAACCUUUUUGGUCAAUAUGUUGCAGACCAUCUUUGGGUUUCUCUCCGUGCUGAAGAUCAAGGAUUGGCUGGUCCGCACGCGAAGCAGCCGUUUGAGAUUCAGCUCCGGUCAGUGCUGAUGGAUGCAUGGGCUGGCAUCAGUCAUGAUCUACAGUACAAAGCUCUUUCUGGCCAUUUGACUGGCACCGAGCUUAAGCUUCUUGAUGCUCUCAAGGGCCAUGUUGAAGUUGGCGAGCUGAUGCUCGAGCAGCUGUAUCAAGUCCACCGAAAACGCAUCGAGACAGAGAAGGAGCCUAUCCCGAGUGUGCAGGACUUGCGGUAUAUUAUUCUUGAUUUCAUUCCCGGAGUUCAAGUAUCUGAGAUAAAUCUUGGGGAUCUCGAUGCCUUAUUUCUGGUUCUCCAAGCUUUCCAAUGCGCCAACCCUCACACUGUCCGGGUUCUGCUACAUGAAUACACCAAGGCAAACUUGCGACUUCAGCUGGACGUGUUUGAGCAAACGUUUGACCCUUUACCGGCGACAGUUAGUUUCUUCCUCCUAGAGAAGCUAUUGCCGCAUGUCAAGGAUCACGGCCAGAGUUUUCGUCAGGUUGCCGAAGUAAUCAGGGCCCGUCAGCAACGUCCAUUACACGAUAGUCGAUAUUGGCAAUCGUUAUUGUGGCUAUCGUGCCAGAUCCUGGAUCGGGCUAAGUCUCAGAAUGUUUUCCCAAGCGGUGCUCGAGUACGAAAAUACGCAUAUAUCUGGUGUACGGAGCACCAUCACCGUCCCCCGCUGUCUCUCACCCGCAGUGACGAUAAUCUGAUACAGUGCUUGGCUUCUGGUCAUGAACAUUCGGCUCGUGGGCUUGAGUUUCUGGCAGAGCUCUCAUUCCUAGGACUGGGACCGACUGUCCCCGAGUAUAUGGAGGUGCAUGAUGCUGGUCAUGAGGAUAAUCGCUUCAACGUAAUAGCAAAGACUCUGCUGCUUAUAUACGACAGUCACCCCAACGAGUGGAAAGAAGCUAUUUCCGACUACGGCAGAUCACUUUCUGAGGUUGAUGCAACAACUAACCGCUUCCUUCACUUGGUCGAUGUGGCUACUUGGUUGAUGAGCAUACGGGCUAGAGAGCCUCUUGUUCGCUUGCUGGAUAUUUGGCCUCUAGGUGAUGAUACAAAUGUCUGGGAGAGCUUGGACUUUCAAGAUGGUUUAGAGACAACAAAAGAAGUGCCCAGUGGUUUAUUGUUGCAGAUAUUGAAAGGCGAAAAACAUGGGUAUCAUAUGUUCAAGGAUGGAAAAUCAAACGGAUAA